CCAUUUAACAAAGAUAACAAGAUGAGGCACAUCACACCACAAAGAUGAGGCACUUCUUGAUUCCUUCCACUAAUACCAUUGCCAAUUGCUAUACAAUCUUCCCCAAACUUCAAUCUACUCAAAACAAAUCAAUGAAGACUAUUUUAUUGAAAUCUCAACUAUUUCUCCAUUCCCUUCCACUUAAACAACCCAUAACUAAAACCCUAAUCCCAAAUUCUUCAUCCUUCCAUUUCCCAAAUCCCAUUAAUCCUCCAUCAAAAACCCAACAAUGGUUAAUAAAAUCCCACAAAGAAGAACAAAUAACUGUUACAUCAUCAUCAGGUGAUGAUGAUCAUCAUCAAGAGUUGAGAAAGAGGAGUAUACAGGUGAUAACAGGAGCUGCUUCAAUUGGGCUUCUGAUGCUGUUAAUGGGCCAAGAUAAGGCAUGGGCUUUAGGCCCAGAAGGCCCAUUAAUGGAGGAAUUCUGGGAGAAUGUUAGAAGAUAUGCAUUGUAUGCUCUUACUGUUAGUACUGGGGCUGUUUAUACACUUUUUCAGCCUAUAAUUGAGCUGCUUAAGAAUCCCAUUUCUGCUCUUCUUAUUGUGAUUAUAUUUGUGGGUUCUUUCUUUAUUGUUUCUCAGAUUCUUUCUGCUAUGGUUGGGGUUUCUGAGUUUUCAUAUGAAUAUGCUUAUUAGAAGUAGGCCGAGGAAAGAAGGAACUGACGGAGUCUAUUACUAGAUUCUUGUUCAUUUAUAGAACUUUUACUAUAAGUUUUGUAUGCCAUUUUGAUACUUAUGUUUAAUUAGGAUCUAAUUUAUGAGUAAUAAUAAUUAAUUUUUAGUAGUGUUGAUGAAUUGAGUCCAAUCAAACUUAUUAUAUAUGGUGGUGUAUGCCAUUCAA